UAAAUUCUAGAAUUACUACUUUGACAGAACGCUGUCAAUAUCUGUAGCCCAGGAUUUGAUUAAACUCCGUGUCUGUCACCAUGCCCACCAAACGCCGUAACGGAGGUCGCUCCAAGCACUCUAGGGGACGCGUACGCCCAAUUCGUUGCAGCAAUUGUGGUCGUUCCGUACCAAAGGACAAGGCUAUCAAGAGAUUCAACGUUCGCAACAUCGUCGACGCCAGCUCACAGCGUGAUAUCAAGGAAGCUUGCGCCUUCUCAACCUUUAACUUGCCCAAGUUGUACAUCAAGCAGUGCUACUGUGUCUCAUGUGCUAUCCACUCCCGCGUAGUUCGCGUGAGGUCCGUUGAGGCCCGCAAGAUCAGGACCUUCGUCCAGCCCAGGAGCAUGCCCAUGAGGAUCAACGUGCCUCAGAACAAGGAGAACUGAGGUCAGGGCACGCACAAUACUCGCAAGUUGCUAUCGAAACAA